GUCCCUCCAGCCGCCGCCGCGAGCGCCUGAUUGGCUCCGGCUUCCCAUUCGGCGUUUGGCGAGGCCAGGAGCGCUGUGCGUGACGCGGCCCGUCCUGCACCCCCUUCCCCUCCCCUGCCCACCACCCCUACUUUGCCUGCCUCUCCUCUCCGCCGCGGCCCUUCCCUGCGCGUGGGGCAGAAGGGACCCUGCCCAGAUUGGCCAGCAGCCGGAUCGUCGCCAACUCCCCCAGGUCCUUUGCCCUGCCGGAGAGGAGAGCGUGCGCAACGAACCUCCCAUGGACCGAGCGAGUGUUGAGUUUCGAGGACCAGGAUGUCCCAGCCCUUGCUGAACAAAUUGAAUUGCACGUUCUGAGGUCACUGCCUUCCGGUGCUGUUGCUCCGUUCUGCCCAGCCACACCAUGGAUAGAUGAUCUUGGCCCUGCCCCGCCAUGCCGCAGUUGCGUGGCCGCUACCUACUGCUCUUCUUGGGGGUGCAGCUGGUGGUGAUGGCCCUUCUGUACCGUGAGGGCUACCGCAAGCGGGUGGCCUAUUUCCUGGGCAUCUUCUACAAGGGGGGCACGUCGACUAUGCUGAGCAGUCUGCACAAUGUCUCGCUGCCGGGGGACGUCUAUGCCAACCUCAGCCUGAUUGCACGGCCACCUCUGCCCCCCGAGGACCUCCCCUACUGCCCCGAGACAUCUCCUUUCCUUGGAGGUCCCAUUCGGGUGACCUUCCCCCCAGGGCUGUCGCUGGACGAUAUUGUGCGGAAGAACCCUUACGUCAGCAAAGGUGGGCGCUACCGCCCCCCCGAUUGUGACGCCACCCACAAAACAGCCAUCAUCAUCCCCCACCGUAACCGGGAGCAGCAUCUCAAGUACCUGCUCUACUACCUGCAUCCCUUCCUGCAGCGACAGCAGCUCAACUAUGGCAUCUACAUCAUACACCAGGCUGAGAACUACACUUUCAACCGGGCCAAACUCUUGAAUGUGGGUUUCAAAGAGGCCAUGAAGGAUGAAGACUGGGACUGCAUGUUCUUCCAUGACGUGGACCUCAUCCCUGAGGAUGACCGCAACCUGUACACCUGCGACCGCUUUCCUAAGCAUGUGGCUAUUGCUAUGGACAAGUUUGGCUACAAGCUUCCUUACAAGACCUACUUCGGGGGAGUUUCAGCACUCAGUCCAGAGCACUACAUGAAGAUGAAUGGCUUUCCCAACAACUACUGGGGCUGGGGCGGAGAAGAUGAUGACAUCGCGGUCCGGGUGGCACUCAGUGGGAUGUUGAUUUCUCGUCCAUCUAUUCAGUAUGGCCGUUACCGAAUGAUCAAGCAUGGACAUGAUAAGGGCAAUGAGCAGAAUCCUAAGAGAUUUAACUUGCUGGCCAAGACACGGAGAACAUGGAAGCAGGACGGUAUGAACACACUGGAGUACCAGCUGCUCUCCAAGGAACUCCACCCCCUCUAUACUAACAUCACUGUCUUCAUUGGCACUGAGAAGGGACUGCGCCAUACGUGAUGGCACCUGCCAUGGAGUGGCACAAGACAAGUCCCGCCCCAGCACUGCUCUCAGACAGAGGAAACCAAAGAAUCCACAGUGGGCAAAGCCCUGAAUGGCCUGUCUUUAAAAAACCCCCACAAAACAAAAACACAAGUGUCUGUCCACGUGCUUGGGGUGCUGCAUUCCAGAGAACAGAUGGGAGUGUCACACAAGAAGGGUUCCUCUUCCUCCCCAGAAUUGCUUUUAAUCUUGGGGGCUUGGUGGGGGUGUGUGUCUGACUUCCUGGGAUUUGGUUUGUGGGAUGCCUUUCGUACCAUGGUUGAAAGAAUGGCACAGCAGCACUGCCAGAGAAGCAGGAACUGUCUACUUUCUGGCUUGGACUUUGUGGCUGCUGCACCAGAGAUUGUCUUUCUUAUUAAAGUGCAAUUUAUUUUAAAAA